AGGACGUGGAGGAGCUGGGUUCCCAACUGGUUUGAAAUGGAGUUUUAUGAAUAAACCCCCAGAUGGCCGAGCUCGGUACCUUGUAAUUAAUGCAGACGAAGGAGAACCAGGUACCUGCAAAGACAGAGAAAUUAUGCGUGGUGACCCUCAUAAACUUGUUGAAGGAUGUUUAAUAGCUGGUCGAGCAAUGAAUGCCUCUGCAGCUUAUAUUUAUAUUCGCGGUGAAUUUUACAAUGAAGCAUCAAAUAUGCAAGAAGCAAUCAAUGAGGCAUAUGCUGAGGGACUGAUUGGAAAAAACGCUUGUGGAUCAGGCUAUGAUUUUGACGUAUACUUGCAUCGAGGUGCCGGCGCAUAUAUAUGCGGCGAAGAAACAGCGUUAAUCGAGUCCCUUGAGGGCAAACAAGGAAAACCACGGUUAAAGCCUCCUUUUCCGGCUGAUGUGGGAUUGUUUGGGUGUCCGACUACAGUGUCGAACGUGGAGACUGUGGCUGUUGCACCGAUUAUAUGUCGACGAGGCGGAUCAUGGUUUGCUAGCUUUGGUAGAGAACGAAAUUCCGGAACUAAAUUAUUUUGUAUUUCUGGACAUGUGAAUAAUCCGUGUACUGUGGAAGAGGAAAUGAGUAUACCAUUGCGAGACCUAAUUGAACGACAUUGUGGUGGAGUACGUGGUGGAUGGGAUAAUCUGCUAGGGAUAAUUCCUGGCGGUUCAUCUGUUCCGGUUAUUCCUAAACACAUUUGUGAGGACGUGUUAAUGGACUUUGACGCACUCCGAGAUGUCCAAUCAGGUCUCGGCACAGCCGCGGUAAUAGUAAUGGACAAGUCUACCGACAUAGUGGCUGCCAUUGCACGACUAUCCGCCUUCUACAAACAUGAGAGUUGUGGUCAGUGUACACCGUGCCGUGAAGGUACCACGUGGCUGAAUAAUAUUAUGGCACGAUUUGUAAAGGGACAUGCAACUACACGCGAAAUCGAUCAGCUUCAAGAGUUAUCGAAAGGGAUUGAAGGGCAUACGAUAUGUGCGUUGGGCGAUGCAGCCGCUUGGCCAGUACAAGGACUAAUCCGACACUUUAGACCACAACUUGAAGCUCGUAUGCACGACUUUGCGCGUGAAAAUCCUGACAUCGAUUUAUCCAAACUUUCGAUUGCUGCUCCCGGAUUGUAA